CUACAGUCCUACACAUGCUUUGGAACUUUACCCAAUUCUCUCUCUAUGGUUGCUUCUCUUUGACGGUUCAUUUCUUUGUAGCCUUUUUACACUUCUCCAGUUCCUCAGUUCACACUUCAAACAAACUCCUUAACAGCCUUACUUUCUAGUUCCGGCCCGCCCAUAGCUCCAACUAUCCAUGUUUAAAUCCUACCUUAAUUCUUGCUUCACUUUCAGCUGUUGGCAGGGCAACCUCAAGGGCUUCUUUUUCUUUUUCUUCUUUUUUAUUUUUUGAAGUUUCCAUCAUUCGAAAGUUGAAACCUCCUCCUCUAGAGAUGAGAAAGAUGCCACCCCAGUUACAGAAACAUGCUCUUUCACUUAAUACACUACUCUUCUCAAUUCUGGUCCGUCUAUUUAUGUUCAAGGCAGUUAGUUUAGCGGCUGCUUUUAAAGAUAAAGAUGGUUUGUUGCACUUCAAAUCUGCUAUAGUUGAAGACCCAUUAGGGUUCACUUCUAGUUGGAACCCAAAUGAUAAAGACCCUUGCCUUUGGCGUGGUGUUACAUGUGACCCACUUUCAGGUCGAGUCAUUAGCCUCAAUCUUUCUUCUAACCUCAAUUCUACAUGUUCUCUACUUUCACUUUCUACAUCAACAGCAGUAACAGCUGGUCAAGUUGGAGGUAACUUUUCUUUGCUAUAUCCUUGUUUGCAUGUUGGUGCUGAUGACAAGAUUUCUUUUGCUAAAUUGAGAGGUAAAUUGUCUCCUUCAAUUGGCUAUCUUACAAAGCUUAGAGUUUUGUCACUUGGGUUCAAUGCAUUCUUCGGUGAGCUUCCUUUGGAUAUUGGAAAGCUUAAUCUUUUGGAAAUUCUUGAUUUAGGUUUUAAUGCUUUUCAUGGUCCCAUACCAGCCACUUUAAAAAACUGUACUGCACUGAGGGUUAUUAAUCUUUCUGGGAAUCAAUUGAAUGGAACAAUUCCUGCGAUAUUUAGGCAGUUUGUAAGUUUGCAAGUUGUUGACGUUUCUUUAAAUGGGUUGAGUGGUGAAAUUCCAGAGGAAUUAGGUGAGAAUUGUGGGAGUCUAGUGCAUCUCCAUCUUGCAAGUAAUGGGCUUUCGGGUUCAAUUCCUUCCAAAUUGGGGAAUUGUGGUGAGCUUAAGUCUUUGAUACUGUCUUCUAAUAUGCUGCAAGAUGAUAUUCCUUCAAGUCUUGGUAAACUUGAGAAUCUUGAAGCAUUGGACUUGUCCAGGAAUUUCUUAAGUGGGGUUGUACCACCGGAUUUGGGUAAUUGUAAGCAGUUGAAAUUGCUUGUAUUGAAGAACAACUAUGGUCCUCUGUUUUCAAGGAAAGACUCUAGCUUGACAUUUCAGCAAGAGGAGGAUGGGGAGGUGGAUUAUAAUUAUUUUGAGGGGGAACUACCUGAGAGUAUUGUAGAACUUCCCAAUAUUCAUGUACUUUGGGUGCCAAAUGCAAAUUUGGAGGGCAGUUUUCCUCAGACUUGGGGGUCGUGUUCUAACUUGAAUAUGCUGAAUGUAGCGCAGAAUUUCUUGACUGGACAAAUACCUGUGUCCUUUGGUAAUUGUAAGAGUUUGCACUUCCUUGAUUUGAGCUCCAAUAACUUGACUGGUUUGCUUCCAACAGAAAUUUCUGUCCCGUGCAUGGUUGUGUUCAACGUCAGCGAAAAUUCCUUGGUUGGGAACAUCUCAAGAUUUUCUUCUGGUGAGUGCUCUAAUAGUUCUGGGAAUUUGUCAGUGUCACAAGUGGACUUGGUUGGUUUCUACUCUUCUUUCUUUUAUAGGAAUACCCUCGUGAAUGUUGGUCCUUUCUCCUUUUCGUCAAGUGAAUUUGUUGUAUUACAUGAUCUCAGCAAGAAUCAAUUCACCGGCUCAGUUCCUCCAUUUUUCAUAUCUUCAUAUAGUUUGUCUGUUAAGCCACAUUAUGGUUUCUGGUUGAAUGGAAACAAUUUUGAAGGUAAUCUUUCAGCAUACUCUUUUGAUCCUUGUCUAAGUUUGGAUGGUUUGAUCUUUGAUAUUAGCAACAACAAGAUUGUAGAUCAACUUCCUUCAGACAUAGGCAGCAACUGUAAGUGUAUGAAAUUUUUAAGUGUAGCAAGCAAUGAAUUUGUUGGUUCAAUUCCUACAUCAUUCACUAACAUGGUUUCCCUAGUUAAGCUUAACCUCAGUGAAAAUAGAUUGCAAGGCCCUAUUCCAUCUUAUAUUGGAGAGAUGAACGAUUUGAGGUACCUUUCGCUUUCUAGUAAUAACUUUACUGGUGCAAUACCUCAGGAUUUUAUUAAACUGUAUUCAGUAGAGGUUUUGGAGCUUUCUUCAAACUCCCUCUCAGGAGAGAUACCACCUGAUUUGGCCAAGCUCAAGCACCUGAGUAUUCUGCGGUUAGAUCAUAACAAGCUCACUGGGCAGAUACCCUCUGGCUUUAGUAACAUUACUACACUUUCAGUAUUCAGUGUUUCUUUCAACAAUUUGUCUGGAUCUAUCCCCCUGAAUUCAAAUUCAAUAAAUUGCGAAAGUGUGAAAGGAAAUCCUAACCUUCAGCCAUGUCGCCCUGAUCAAUCAUCCUCUGAAUUGGAGCGCCAGCACUUUGGUAAUAUUUCACAACAAGGAGCUUAUUCUCCCAUGAAAAGCAUACAGAAAAAUGGCAGUGGAUUCAGUUCACUAGAAAUUGCCUCCAUCACAUCGGCUUCAAUAAUUUUUGCUGUCCUCAUAGCAUUGAUUUUCCUACUUGUAUGCAUGAAGAAAUUUGCAUGCAAUUCUGUAUCUGAUCAAGUUUCAGGGAGCAAAGAAGUCGUAACUUGCAACAGCAUUGGAGUACAGCUGACUUAUGAAAAUGUUGUCAGGGCCACUGGUUGUUUCAAUCUCCAAAACUGCAUUGGAAGUGGAGGUUUUGGAGCAACCUACAAGGCUGAAAUCACUCCAGGAGUUGUGGUUUCGGUCAAGCGGCUCUCAGUUGGGAGGUUUCAAGGUGUUCAACAGUUUUCUGCUGAGAUCAAGACUCUUGGACGGGUGCAGCAUCCGAAUCUUGUAACUCUUAUAGGUUACCAUGUUAGUGAGGCUGAAAUGUUCCUGAUCUAUAACUACUUGCCUGGUGGCAAUUUGGAAAAAUUCAUCCAGGAGCGAUCAAGCAGGACAGUAGAAUGGAGUAUGCUACACAAGAUUGCUCUGGAUAUAGCACGUGCCCUUACUUAUUUGCAUGAUGAGUGUGUCCCUAGGGUAUUGCACCGUGACAUCAAGCCAAGCAACAUUCUUUUGGAUAAUAACUUCAAUGCAUACCUAUCUGAUUUUGGCCUUGCUAGGCUUCUCGGCACUUCUGAGACUCAUGCAACUACUGAUGUUGCAGGGACUUUUGGAUAUGUUGCCCCUGAAUAUGCUCUGACAUGCCGUGUGUCUGAUAAGGCAGAUGUGUAUAGUUAUGGUGUUGUUCUUCUGGAGUUAUUAUCUGACAAGAAGGCUUUGGAUCCAUCCUUCUCUUCUUUUGGAAAUGGUUUCAACAUUGUGACGUGGGCGAGCAUGCUUCUUGGGCAGGGGCGAGGCUGUGAGUUUUUUACUGCUGGUCUAUGGGAUUCUGGACCUCAAGAUGAUCUAAUUGAGGUGCUUCAUUUGGCUGUUAAAUGUACUGGUGAAUAUCUUUCAUCCAGGCCUUCUAUGAGGCAAGUAGCCCAAAGAUUGAAAGGCAUUCAGCCUGCAACAGCCUAAAGUUUUUUUCCUUUUUUCCUUUUUUAUUUCUCCUUUUAAGAUGCCUCUUCUGUAAGUCAGCAAUAUCAUUGCCAAGCCCAAAGUUUCUUAUUCACCAUUGAUAGGAGUACAUUUCUUGUAAAGAAACCAUCAAAGUAAUUCUUAUAAGAUGUUUUAAUCAAAAAUUUCCCUCA